AUGUUUUCCGCAAAACCUUCAACCGGCCUGUCAAUAAACACCAACUCCGCCAACUCAUUGUUUGGCGGAGCUAAUGCUCAAACUACUUCAUCUACAGCUACACCAGGGGCAACAAGCACGCCGGGUGGUCUCUUUGGGAAUGCUGGAGGUUUGAAUGCGCAGUCUAAGCCAGCCGGUGGCCUCUUCGGAAAUACUGGUGGUGGGAAUACGCAACAAUCCCAGACUUCUGGCUCCGGCCUGUUCUCAGGCUUAGGCGGGCAGCAGCAGAGUACCACUACAGGUGGUGGUCUCUUUGGAAAACCCGCAGCGACCGCACAGCCUUCGUCCGGCGGGUUGUUUUCGGGAACUGCUGGUGCGGGCAAUACCACUGCACAAGGCGCAGGCACCGGUGGAGGACUAUUUGGCUCUACGGCCCAAAUACAAUCCAAACCUCUCUUUGGCGGCUUGGGUGCCUCCACUACAACUGGCGGUGGUCUCCUCGGUGGUGGAAACCAGGCCAAUACAUCACAGCAACAGGCUCAGAAGCCCACAUUAUCGCUAUUCGGCAACCAGAACGCUACAGCGCCACAACAGACCACCCAACAGACAGGGACAACGGGAACAGUGGUCCCUGGGGUCAAAGUCGAUCUCAGCAACCUUUUGCCGACAACCAAGUUCGAAAGCUGCGCCGAUGAGAUCAAAUCGGAACUGGAGAGGUUUGAUAACUAUGUCCUCCUUCAAAUUAAGUUAUGCAACGAGGUCUCCAACAUGCUUCCUACCAUUGCAAGCCAAGGCGAGACAAUUCCCAACGAUGUCGACUUCGUUCAGGGCAAGCUCGAAACCAUGCAGCAUGCCCUGGAGAAUGAUGCUCGUGAUAUCGAUCAACUGCGCAGUCUCGUCUCUCGCGACGCAGCGGAGGCGCAGGUUGCAUUCCGUGCUAUCGACACCUUAAAACUCCCCCUGCAAUAUCAGUCUUCUGGUGGCGCAGGAUGGUGGUCUGCUCAGGAUCAGAAGGGGGCGGAUCGGCAGUCUUUGCGGUCUACGCGCAAGAAUACUCUCGCGCUCCCAGAUGAUGUAGAGACUGACCCAUCUUCGGCCACCUCUGUCAACGGUGUGCCAGUCAAUCUUGUCGACUAUUUCUCUCAACGCUCGGAUGAGAUGGGCACAGUGCUCGGGCGAUACACCGGCAACCUGAAAGAAAUCGAAGAUCAUCUCCACGGCAUCGAGCUUACGUUGAAUCGCCAGAUCCACGAAUUCGUGGCGUCACGGAGCCGAGACGGGCCGGCCCCUGGAACGCAGAGAUCCAUCCUCAGCGAUCUUGCCGUGGUGCUUGGAGAUGUUGAGACUGGCAUACUCGGUGUUGCCAGUCGGCUCGGCGCAGUCUCAGAACAGGUGCAAGAAGUGGUACUGGGCCCGCCAUCAGGAGAUGGCAGGAUGCACUAA